UGUCAUAUGAUGGAUUCGUGUAAUAUUGUUCCGAUGGAAGCAGAGCUGAGUCCAGGAUCAAUGGAGCAGUGGCUUUCGAUGAUAAAGGAUGGAAAUAACUGCGAUAAAGGCAAACGAGAACGACGAUCGGAAUUGUCGAUGAAGGUUAAGAAACAUCUCUCGGCUCUUGGUUGGGUUUUCUCUUACUAUCUCAAAGGGAAUAAGCCAGAGCUGCGUUUAAAGUCUCCCAAUGGAAGGUGGUUUUACUCUUUAGUCAAGGCUUGUGUCCACCAACACUCUCAACAACAACAGCAAAUCGUUCCCAAACAUGAUGAUGACUUGUCUUGCUCUCCAAGAAAACCUUCCUGUUUUGAUGUAUUGAGCCAGAAACGGAAGCAGAACAAGAAAAGGUCUAGGGUUGAGGAUCUCGAUAUCGAUACCACAGUUCCGGAUAAAGAGAAACAUUCGUCUGGUGAAUUGAUCAAAACCGCUCCAGAUUUUGAUGUAUCCAAAUCCAACCAACAACAGAAGAAGAAGAAGAAGAAGAAGAAGAAGAUAAUGAAUAAUAGAGUGGAGGAUUGUGAUACGGCUGCGUUUAAUGGGGAGCAAGAGAAGAUCAGACCCGUUGUCAAUGUUGAUGUGUUAAACCAACAACAGAAGAAGAGAAGGAAGACAGCGAGUGAAGAGAUAAGGAGGCCGAGGGUUGAGAAAUCUCUAAAGAAGAUCUUACAAGUGAUGGAAAAGAAGCAGCAGAAGAACAAACUUGACAAAGAGUCUCUAAGAUUCUGUAGAAAAGAUCGUGACCCGGACAUGAACUGUGAUGUGUGUUGUGUUUGCCACUGGGGUGGAGAUUUGCUUCUCUGUGAUGGUUGUCCUUCAGCUUUUCACCAAACUUGCCUCGGUAUGUCCAGUCUCCCCGAGGAAGACAUGUGGUUCUGUCCUUGUUGCUGCUGCGAUAUAUGUGGAUCAAUGGAAUCACCUGCGAACAGUAAGUUGAUGACUUGUGAGCAGUGCCAAAGAAGAUUCCAUCUCAAGUGUUUGAAAGAAAAGCCUUGCUUUGUUUCCUGUAAAGGCUGGUUCUGUAGUAGUCAGUGCAACAGAGUCUUUUCCGCGCUUCAGAAUCUCCUAGGAUGCAAAAUUGCAGUAGGCGACAAUGGUGAUUUGGUCUGGACAUUGAUGAGAGCUCCAAACGAUGAUGAACACUAUGAUUAUGAGCAAAUGUCCAAGCUAGAAUCUGCUGUCGAGAUACUUCACCAAGGGUUUGAGCCUACCAAAGAUCAUUUCUCUGGGAGAGACCUUGUUGAGGAACUGAUAUUCAGGAAAGACCGAAAUGGCGUGGGCCGAGGAUUUUACACGGUCUUGAUAGAGAGAAAGAACGAGCCUGUCACAGUGGCUGCAAUGAGGGUGGAUAAAGAUGUAGCCGAGAUCCCUUUGGUGGCGACAUUGUCUAACUACAGGAGAAGUGGGAUGUGCAGAUUGCUUAUGGAUGAGUUGGAGAAGCAAAUGUCUCAGAUGGGAGUUUGUAGACUGGUCUUACCGGCUGCACAAGGUGUUGUGACCACUUGGACUCAGCGUUUUGGUUUCUCGGUAAUGGAAAGUUCGGAGAGGCUGGAGCUUGUGAAACAUGGGAUGCUUGAUUUUGUUGGUACUGUCAUGUGUGGUAAGUUUCUUCAGAAGGAAAGAAGAGAAGAUGAUUCAGCACAAGAGUCAAGCCUCACAGAAUAACAAGUCUCCUGGUCUUUUUCUCAUGCACUGUAUGUAAGACUGGUAUCAAGUAAUGCGGAGAAAAAUGUGUAGUAACAACAACUCUUGAUGUCCAUAUAUAUAACUUGGCACAUCUUUGUCUUUAGUAACAUGUGUGAGUCUAUUUCUUAAUUAGACAUGUGGGUAUAUCAAAAUCUAUUUCAAAUGAUUUAAAUCCAACGAUUGUAUACAAAAUCUUUAGAGAAACCAAGAAAAUGUACUACAAAGAGUAUUGUCUCGAUGAUGCUGACUCUCUACUUAAGCUUGCUCAAUCUGAGGUAUAAAAACAUAAACAUGUCCCCAAAAACACAAAGAUCCAUCAUUGAACUAAAAAGCGUCUCAGACAUUCCCACAAACCACAAAAGCAUAAAUGAAUCUUACAUGCCCCCGAAACUAAAGCUAUCAGCUCAUUUGACUCACAAAGCUCACAAUAAAACAGAGAGAUGAUCUUAACAUUGUACUCUGUUUUUUUCGUUUAUUGCAAAUUCAUAAGAUAGCAAGAUGAACAAGGAAGAAAAUAAGCCUUC